AUGGCGGUGGCCGAUGUCCCCGGUCUUAUGGACAUUGCCAGCACCCUAGCCCAGGAUGAGAUUCCCUUCAAACUCCGAUGCGCCAUCUGUAACAAUCUCGCUGUGAAUGCCUUCCGUCUUCCUUGCUGUGACCAAUCCAUCUGCGAAUCAUGCCAAACUUCUCUUUCCGACACAUGUCCCGUCUGCACUCAUACUCCGGUCUCUCCUGAUCUCUGCAAACCCAACAAGGCUCUUCGUACGACUCUCAAGGCCUUCCUACGUACCGAGGAGAAGAAGCGGGAGAAGGACCGCCAGUCUGCUGCAACUCCCAAUGACACACCUGCGGUAACCACCGCACCGGCCGUAUUGGUAUCGCAGAAUGGGGACCCCACACCUGCUGGGGAUGCGAAAGUGCCACCCCUUGCGGAGUCUACAGAAUCAAAGCGUGAAGUGCCGGAAGUUGACGCUCCAGCAGUAGACUUUGCAGUCCCCCAUACAGCCGAGAGUGCUCCAGAGUCAAAUUUCUCAAAUACCGCUGAUGCAGUUGCUACCGCGGACGCCGGUGACCAGCCAGUUCAGCCCGGGGCAAAUGGGAUUGAACCCAACAACACCGAAACUACUCUUGAGGCCGCGGCCGAAAAUCUCGCUGAGCCGCCUGUGAAUGGGGAAUCCACGCCAGGUCAGGAUCCUUCCAAUGGACCCAUUUCCAACACGGCCCCCAACGCGAGCGGCAAUUUCCCUCCAAUGGGCUGGAACGGAAACACCACAGCUACAAACCCUUACAUGGCUGGCAUGUUCAACUUCCCGAACUCGAUGGUAAUGCCCAUGGGGAUGGACCCGAUGGCAAAUCAGGGGAUGCUCGGUGACUACGGAAUGAACAUGACUGGUAUGGGCAUGAAUUCUGGGAUGAACUACAACGGAAACAUGUAUGGAUCUCUAGGUUGGGAUGCUUCCCAGAACAAUAUGUGGCAAGGCGGCCAAGAUAAUUUCAAUCCAAAUGCUUUCGCAAAUGGCACGGGCCCUCCUUACGGGAGAGCAUUUGGCGGGUCUAAUAUGUCUGCUUACCCUUCUUCCGACUAUCAGUCUGGUUACUACGGACAAGGGUAUGGUCGUGGUGGCUUCCGGGGCCGUGGCCGGGGUCAAUAUCAUGGUCCCGGUCGGGGCGGCUUUGGUCCCAUGAAUGGUCAUUACCGCGCUAAGUCGGCAUAUUCUAACCAAAAUCCCAAUCCUGUGGCUGAAGGAGCCAAUCCCGUCAAUGCUCAAGGUAACUCAACAAAUUUUCCAGAAUCAAAUGAAAAUGGGAUGUCGGGUGAUCACCCAGGCACGGACAACCAAUUACAAGGAAUCCCUACUAUUGACAGUCUUCAGCCUGUAUCAUCCGUGAGUAAUGGAGCAUCUCCGUAUUAUAUUCCUGGUCCAGGAGUGGAAGGCGCCCCAGCUGCUCCUCGUGCGAUGAGGCAAGGACUACCCAACACCAGUGUUUUCCGACAGCGCGGUUUCCAAAUUCAGGGUCGAGUCAAUAAUCAAGGUGAACAACCCGAUGCUGCAAAUAUCAAAGGGCAUACCCAAUCGAGAUCGAGAUCGAGAUCACCAUCGCAUCAUAUUUCUCGUCCCUGUUCACCUUCUGUCCGCGGUACCGACGACGGCCGAGACAGUCAACGUGAAAUAGAACCAAAACGCAUGGAUCGAGUUGACGAGGUACAAUCCGAUGCCCGUCGCACCCCCUCUCCAUCUAGAACAUCCUCUCGUCGGUCCUCACGCCGCAGGCAUCAAGACAUUGAUUGGGACAGAGACCGCAAAGACACCCAUCGCUCACAACGCUCCCGUCGUCACCGCAGCCACAGCCGCGGCUCAAGUCGAACCGGGGAAUCCCGUCCCUCUGGUCGCUUGAAUGCGAUCCCAGAGAAUAAUUCCAAUGGACGAGCCAAAAUACCCUCAGAGGCCCCAGAGUCUCGCGAUCUCGCCAGUCGAAUCAGUAGCAGUCGCCGUUCCGACAAAGACCGAGGUAGUCGACGUGAAGAGGAUCGAUCCCGAGGCCAAGAUAGAGAUACCCGCCGCCGCGAUCGUGAUCGUGACCGCGACGGCCGUGAUCGCGGUCGCGACACCGACCGUGAGCGUCGCCGCGACGACCGCGACAGGGAUCGACACGCAGAGCGUGAUCGAGACCGUCGAGACCGUCCAAGAGAGCGCGAACGAGACCGUAAGCGCUCCCGUCGCGACCGAUCCCCUUCUGCCAAUGGCAGCGACCACCCAAAUGCCCGACGUGUGAAGCGCGUCGAGGACCGCAGUCGCGGCCAGUCAAACGGGACUUCGACCAAGAAGUCAGAGCCCGAGAAAGACCCCUACACUCUCGAACGCGAGGCGCGCAACAAGGAGCGUCUGGAGCGUGAAAAGCAGCACCGCGAGAAGGCCAAGUCUGGCGGCCGCCGUGAUAGCCGGCAGGACCGUGUGGUGGCGGGUCGUCGCAUCAAUUACAAGUAUGAGGAUGAACUUUAG